GAUCCACUCCCAGAGCUCCCUCUGACAUUCCCUCUGAGUCUCUGUGGCUCUCAGAUCUCCCCCUCAGACUCCUGGACAUAAACUCCUCACUGAGCUUAAGAGCAGAGAAGUAAAUGUUUGACCAUAGUGCACCUAACAGCAGAGGAACAGAAAAGCAAAGGGAGAAGAACUGGAACUUUUCUUUUACUUUUUAAGGGGACUUUGAACUUGGACAAAAGGACAAAGAUUUUUAUUUAAGCCAGGUGGACAUCUAGAAAAAGAGGAAAUACUUUUUUUUCCUUUAACAUAGUUUUGGACUUUUAGACGUGGACUGGGCGCCUCCACUCUCCAGAGGAGGGAGAUGAGGAGUUGGUCGUUACAUUUCCUCGCAGGACUCGGUCUUCUGGCCGUCCUGCUGACCUGCUGCUCUGCUGAAGUGAACUACUGCCACGCCUUCAGCUCGGGUUCCUGCUCAGAGUGUCUGCAGGCGGGGGUAGACUGCGUAUACUGCCCCGACGAGACGUUUAAUUUUCAUCGCUGUGACCUCUAUAAGAACAUCAUCGCCCAUGGCUGCAAUGACAGGUCUGUCAUUAGAGCCAAAAGCUUGCAGAAGAUAGAGAAAAAAGAUGCAAUCAAUGUGGCGCUUCAGCAGUCUCAGGUGUCGCCACAGCUGGCAACCAUGACCUUUCUGCCUGGAGAAUCUAAAGAUUUGGACGUGGAGGUAUUUGCUCCGACUAAAGGCCCUCUGGAUCUUUAUAUUCUUAUGGACUUCUCAAACUCCAUGAAGGACGAUUUGGACAACUUAAAGAAAAUGGGCAAUCAGCUGGCGGAGGUGGUGAAAGAGCUUUCAGACGACUACACCAUUGGAUUUGGAAAGUUUGUGGACAAAGUAAUUGAGCCUCAGACUGACAUGAGACCUUCCAAGCUUAAACAGCCAUGGCCCGAUAGUGAUUCUCCGUUCUCCUUCCAAAAUGUUAUCAAGCUGACAAACAAUGUAGAUUCCUUCAUAUCAAAGCUCCAAAACCAGAGGAUAUCUGGCAACCUGGAUGCUCCCGAAGGAGGAUUCGAUGCCAUUCUGCAGGCAGCGGUGUGCGAGGAUCAGAUUGGUUGGCGCGAACGCAGCACUCAUCUCUUGGUUUUCUCAACCGAGUCAGCCUUUCAUUAUGAGAGCGAUGGCGCCAACGUGCUGUCUGGUAUUCUGCCACGCAACGACGAGCUCUGCCACCUGGACGCAGAUGGAAAAUACACAGAGGCCACAAAGCAGGAUUACCCCUCUAUACCCACACUCAUCCGUUUGCUGGGGAAACACAAUAUCAUCCCCAUAUUCGCUGUCACAAACCACUCCUAUACUUUCUAUGAAAAAUUAAAAGAGUAUUUCCCCAUUGCUGAAAUUGGUUUGCUUCAAGAGGAUUCAUCCAACAUCCUGGAGAUCAUGAGGAAUGCCUUUGAGAGUAUCCGCUCUAAGAUGAGCAUCCGUGCAGAAGACAGGCCGAAGGCUUUUGGUGCCCAGUUUUUUCAUCCAAACAAUACAGUUGCAGAGUAUGGGAGCUUUAACUUCAAGCCUGGACAGAUUGGCAAGUUUAAGGUGAAGCUCACAGCCCAACAAAUGAUUGGUGAGACACUUGUCUGCAAAAUGGAUCCAGAUGAAAAAGAAGGUACAAUCAGAGUCAAACCAACAACUUUUAAUGCAGCGGUCGAUGUGAAGGCCUCCAUUUUGUGUCCAACCUGUCCAUGCGAGAAGACAGGUAUUCCGAAAGCUGAGAGGUGCAAUGGAAAUGGAAAGUUGGUGUGUGGGAAAUGUCAGUGUGAUGAUGGCUGGCAGGGCCCUUUCUGUAACUGCUCAAAAGCCUCUGAGUCAAACAAGAACCAGUGCAAAGGCCCAAACAUGAAAGAGCCCUGCUCAGGCCGUGGAGACUGUCAGCCAUGUGGAACCUGUGUGUGCUAUAAUCCAGACCAGUAUGAAGGACCCUACUGUGAAUAUGACAAGACCCAAUGUCAACGUUAUGGAGGCUUCCUUUGCAAUGAUCGUGGUUCUUGCGUGAUGGGUCGUUGUUCCUGUUCAGAGGGUUGGGAGGGCGCUGCCUGUGAGUGCGCCAAAAACAAUGAAACCUGCUUGGACAGCAAUGGGAACAUUUGUGGUGGUCGGGGCGAGUGUAUCUGUGGGAGGUGUAAGUGUCCAGAAUCCAAGAUGGAAAUGUCUUCAACCUGUGAGCUACAAAACUUUGAGUACCAACAAGGCUCAUGUGAGAUCACAAGGAGUUGUGUCUUGUGUCAAGCAUGGAAUAAGGGAGAGUUUAAAGACAAAAAUUGCGAAGGCUGCUUCAAAGUCGUCAUGGUGGAUAAGCUGAAGGAAGCGGAGGAAGUGCUUCACCACUGCAGUUUCCGAGAUGAAGACGAUGAUUGCACAUAUAAGUAUACUAUCGCCGACAGUAAAGGCAUGGAAAAUGAGGACCUGCUGGUUGAGGUGCUCAAAGAAAGAGAUUGCCCACCAGCUAGUCUGCUGUGGCUGCUGCCACUCAUCCUGUUCCUCCUGCUGCUGCUGGCGCUCCUGCUGCUCUGCUGUUGGAAAUACUGUGCCUGCUGCAGCUCAUGCUGGCAGAGCUGUCUGGCCUUGCUGCCAUGCUGCAGGAGAGGUCGCAUGGUCGGCUUCAAGGAGGAUGAGUACAUUUUCCGUCAGUCUCAGUUGACCUCUAACCAUUUGGACACACCGAUGGUGAGGACUGGCCCACCUAAAGGAACUGAUGUGGUUCGCUGGAAGGUCACGGAUAAUGUGCACCGUGCGCCCAAUCAUCCACAAGCGUUGUUACAACCAAACCCAGAUGAAAUGAUCAACUUCCCAGUCUCCCUCCGAUUAAACAGGCUGUUCUCUGAGAACCUGUCUCGCCUUGAUUCAAAGGACGCUGAGCUGCUCCGUAAAGAAGCGGCUGACAACUUAAACGAGGUGUACAGGCAGAUACCUCAGGCGCAGAAGGUGCAAGAUAUUUCAUUCAGAACGCAGAAAAAUUCUGGAAAAAGGGAGGACUACACCAUCUUGGAUACUGUGCUGUCAGCUCCCCGGAGAUCCUAUCCAGAUAUAGUCAAACUGACUGAGAAGAACGUCCAGUCCGGAAGCUUUGGUGACCUUAAAGUGGUCCCAGGCUACUAUACUGUGGCCACAGAUCGAGAGGCUGCAGGAGCUGUGGAGUUCCAGGAGGACGUGGAGUUGGUGGAUGUUCAUGUGCCACUGUUUGCCAAGGAUGAUGAUGACGACAAGAAGCAGCUGCUGGUGGAGGCUAGGGAUGUGCCGUUGGGCAUCGCAGAGAUUGCAAAGCGCUAUGUUAACAUAACCAUCAUCAAAGACCACGCCACAACUAUCUUCUCAUUCCUCCAGCCAAAAUACACAUACAGCAGGAAGGAUGGUCAGGCAAAGAUCCCCAUCAGCAGGGAGAUCAUUGAGGAUGGACGCUCUCAGGUCACCUACAACACACAAGACCUCACCGCCAAGAAUAAGAAGGACUAUAAAGAAAUGCAAGGAGACCUCUCCUACGGUCCUGGUGAGACUACGAAGAUUGUUUACGUUCCUUUGCUUGAGCUGAGUGAAAAAGAUGGCUUUUUGGAGGAAAAACAGGUAAAGCAGUUCAUUAUGGACCUCAGUAACCCGCGGCAGGGAGCCAAGCUAGGACGGUACCCAAGAACCACCAUCACCAUCACAGACGAACCAGAACCAAGUGUGAUGAUGUUCAAGAAGGCUACACAGAACUUCAGCAGGUUAGAUCCGACCUACAGCAUCCCAGUGGUGCGCUCUCGCAACGAAGACAGCCCAGCCACGGUGAAGUGGCGCACCAAGAAGGAUCCGCGCUUUGAUCUUUCUGGUAUCCUGAAGUUCGCUCCAGGAGAAACGGAGAAGUACAUAACGAUUGACCCUAAAGCCCAUCCUGGUCUGAUUCAGCAAGAUACCUUCCAGCUGGAGCUGCUUGAACCCAGCUCCAAUGCUGCUAUUGGAGAAAGGAAGAACACCAUCGUCAAUAUAAAAGACGGGGCAGUACCAAGAUCUCCAGAAAUAGCGCAGACUCAGUCGAAGGGCUACGUGAGCCCAAAGUGUGCCUCCCCUGGCGGUCUCCUUCUCCCUCCAGGGAACCUUAAGGCCAAAGCAACCGGACCCAAAAACAUCCGUCUGAACUGGGACUCACUACAGAAUAACAUUCUGGGAUACAAGGUCAAGUAUUGGAUCUAUGGCGACCCUGAGAAAGACGCCCAGGUUCUUGACGUGAAGACACCUCAAGCGGAGCUGACGAAUCUGUACCCCUACUGCGAUUAUGAGAUGCGAGUAUGUGGCUAUAAUGCCUUUGGAGACGGCCUUGAAACCGAUGUGGUUUCCUGUCAAACUCUCGAAGACGUGCCUGGUGAACCCGGUCGUCUGGCAUUUAACGUCAUCAGUCCAACCGUUACUCAGGUCAGCUGGGCAGAGCCUGCAGAGACCAACGGUAACAUCACAGCGUAUGAGGUCAUCUACACACCGAUCGAUGAUGAAAUGAAACCUGUUGGAGCAGCCAAAAAGGUCAAGAUCGACAACCCAAAGAAGCGGAUGUUGCUGAUAGAAAACCUCCAGAGCGCCCAAACCUAUCAGUACAAAGUUCGAGCCCAGAACAGCAUUGGCUGGGGCCCCUUCAAAGAUGCUACCAUCAACUUGGCAUCACAGCCUGCCAGACCUCUAUCCAUUCCCAUCAUUCCAGAUGUCCCUAUUGUGGAUGCCGAGGCAGGAGAUGAAUAUGACAGCUACCUGAUGUACAGCAGUGAUGUGAUGAAGUCACCAACAAGCUCUAAGGCACCGAGUGUCUCUGGUGACGAUUACAUGAUGAAUGGAAAAUGGGAUCAGGGCUUCCUUUUCCCGGGAGGCUCAUCAACGCGCAACCUUUCUGCUUCAUCCUCUCCGAUGUCCACUCUGAGCUCCAACUACAAGGGAGCAGGCGGUUCCUUCACCACAGAGACACACACCACCUACAUGUCUGGGCCCGGAAGCCCUCGCAGACACGAGAUGAUUGGAGGAGGGACGCAUACAACGGAAGUCCACAUGAGGAAGCGAUCAGAGAACAGAGGUUACCCAGAAGAAAAUAUUCGGGACUCCAUCGUCAUGGGAGAUGUGACGAACCAGUUCCCAGAUCUGGGUGGGUUCGGCUACACUGGGUUGCAGAGCAGCUCUCAGAACCAGUACAGCUACAGCCUGUCUCAGGGUUCCAGGGCCAGGACUCAGUCUUCAGAGGUCAAUGAGGCCUUAUACAGGCUGGACAGAGUGAUCCAUGAUGCUCGACUCUCUCCUGGUGUACCAGACACCCCCAGCAGACUGGUGUUUUCAGCUCUGGGACCAACUGCGCUUAAAGUUAGUUGGCAGGAGCCACACUGUGAGAAAGACAUCCAGGGAUACUCUGUUUUGUACCAGCUGCUCAAUGGAGGCGAGACGAAGCGCAUCAAUGUGACGAACCCAGCAGAGAACUCUGUAGUUAUCCAUGACCUGCUGCCCAACCACUCCUACCUGUUUAAGGUGAAGGCUCAGAGUCAGGAGGGCUGGGGUCCAGAACGGGAGGGAGUCAUCACCAUCGAGUCAGCCGUGGACCCUAAGAGCCCCCUCAGUCCUAUGCCAGGCUCACCGUUCACCCUGAGUACGCCCAGUGCUCCAGGUCCCCUGGUGUUCACGGCCCUGAGUCCCGACUCGCUGCAGCUCACCUGGGACAAACCACGUAAACCCAACGGAGAUAUCCUAGGCUAUGUUGUGACCUGCGAACAGCUGCAUGGUGGAGGUGAUUUGCGCACCUUCAAAGUAAACGGUGACACCGCAGAGACCAGCCUGACUGUCCCCAACCUGACUGAGAAUGUUCCGUAUAAGUUCAAGGUUCAGGCUCGCACCACGCAGGGUUUUGGUCCCGAGAGGGAAGGCAUCAUUACCAUCGAGUCUCAGGAUGGAGGUGCCUUAUCUCAGUACAGCAACCAGUCGGUGACGAGGAGGGAGGUUUUCCAAAUGCCAACAGAAGUCACCACCAGAACAAACGUCACCCACACCAUGCUUAACGACCCAUAUUUCUCAGAUGGGAUGAUGAUGACUCAGCUCACGGAGACUGGAGGCAUGGUGAGCCGUCAGGUGACCAGGGAAGUGGUUCAGAGGGGCGUCGUGGGAGGAACGACUGUCACAAAGAGAAUGUUUUAUGAGUCCUAAAAACUUGCUCCCAUAAUAGCAACUUCUGAACCAAUCAGGAAGCCAAAGAUUUCCAGAGCGUGUGCACAUACAUAUCUGUGUGUGUAUAGGGUAAGAGUGUGAGAUAAAAUAAGGUUUUUAUCUUUGUUACAAACUGCAGCCUUAAAGCAAC